ACACAUUCGUGGACAGUACUGCCUGUGGGCGUCAAUCGCGUCAAAAGUAAUACGACAGUACGCCUGUUGACGUCGAAAUUUUUACUCACAUAAAAACAGUACGCUUGUAGACGUAUUAUUUUAGAGGCUUUCACAGGGAAGGGCAACAUGUACUGUCACCGCAGACAUUCUUUGGACUUUGUACUGUCACCACACAAUAUUUAAAAAAAUGUUCAAAGAAGGUACCUACACACACACAUUCCCAUUUUUUUGGUUCCCUUCUUACACACACUACGCCCAUAGCCGCCGUGUUUUCAUACAAACUGUCCAGUACUGCGCAGUUGCGGGGCGCCGACAGGUCGCUAUGUGUUUUCGCGCGCAAUCAUUAUUGCAAAAAUGGCAUUUCGCGAUUCAUACGAAAAAGAGCAAAAGCGGCUCCAGGAUCUAUUUGAUGCAGUGUCUUCUCCUGAAUCAUGUGAAGACCCCUUUGCUGAUGAUGGAGGCUUUGGAUCUGACGUAGACUAUGAACCAUCGGGUGAAGGAUGUUCGAGUUCCGAGGACGAAGCUCAGGCUUCACAAAUUAGACAAGUAAGACGUAACAGAGCAAGAGUGUCCUCUGGUGACUCUAAUUCCACCUCCUCUAGUGAUACAGAUGACUCUGAAGAACGUAACCAAAGGGAUAUAGUAACUUCUGACAUCCGCGUAAGUCAUGAACAUACUCAACUAUUACCAUCUGAUGUGCAUGUAAAUGAGAGUACUAAUUUACCAAACCCUGAUACUGCUACUUAUAGUCAAAGGUCCUCCGAUAUAACUGAACCUCUUACAGAAGAAUCGUGGUCUUCCACUAUUGCUGAUAUACCAGAUUUCAAUUUUGAUAGCUCUCAGUGUGGUAUUACCGUAAAUAUUGAUGGCAUUAGCCAAGUUCUUGAUUUUUUUCACCUUGUUUUUCCAUCAAGCUAUAUAGAAUACCUGGUAAACUGUACUAACAAUUAUGGAAAAACUUUAUGCAACAGUAAUAGGCCUCAUACUAGACACAGCCGCAAAAUUACGUAUCGUGAAGUUACACCUGAAGAAAUGUUGAAAUUUCUCGGACUUACACUCCUCAAAGGUCUCAUAAAAUGUCCUAAACAACGACACGUAUUUUCAUUAUCUGAUCCACUUUAUUAUCAUCCCAUAUUUAGCUUCGUGAUGUCAGGACGGAGAUAUGAGCAAAUUUUACGCUGUAUUUACGUAUCAGAAUUGGAUGCAAAGGGCGAAAAUAAAAUUGUAAAAUUUAUUGAUAUGAUGACACUAAACUUUCGACAAGUAUAUAAUGCUGAUAAAGAACUUUCAUUGGAUGAAUCGCUCCUUUUGUUUCGGGGUCGCUUGCACUUUCGUCAAUAUAUCAAGUCUAAAAAAGCCCGCUAUGGCAUCAAGUUUUACGAACUGACCACUCACGAUGGCUAUGUGCUAAAUAUAAAAAUGUACUCUGGUAAAGAAGCAAUAGAAGAAAACACGAGUGAAACUGAAUCUAAGACUGAAAAACUAGUUUUGAGAUUAAUGCGCCCCUAUUUGCUACGUGGUCAUCAUAUUUUUAUGGAUAAUUUCUAUAAUUCAGUAAAUUUAUCAAGGAAAUUACUCGAUCUGAAAACCCAUUCCACUGGAACCUUGCGUACAAAUCGGAAAGGAAAUCCUGCAUAUAUUGUAAAGAAAAAGCUAAAGAAAGGUGAGCAUGUAUGGGCCAGGAAGGAUAAAAUUUACGUUUCAAAUUGGAAAGAUAAACGUCCAGUAGUGAUGAUUACCACGGCCCAACACCCUUUGAUUGUUGAAGUAAGAAAUAGAUUUGGCAAGACAAGACCAAAACCUGCAGAAGUGGAGCUUUAUAAUAGAAAUAUGUCAGGUAUAGACAGGUCCGAUCAAAUGAUCUCAUAUUAUUCGUGCCCUCGAAAAACCAUCAGAUGGUAUAAAAAGGUAUUCUUCCAUAUCCUGGAUAUUGCGGUGUGGAAUGCUUACUUUCUUUUCAAAAAAUAUAGAAAAAACAAUGCCCCCACAUACAAUUAUAUAAACUACCGAGAAGAAUUGAUUAAAGUGAUGAUUGGGAUCAGUGGAAGAAAUAUUAAGCCAAAAGACAUGAUCAGUCAAAGGAGUAUACAUGAUAACAGACGAUUUCGCCCAAGUACGAGUACAUUAUCUACUCCGUCAGCCAAUAUUCCUGUUGCUGAAAAUGUUACAACUGGCCAUUGGCCUGAACAAAUGUUAUCUCGGCCUGGUACCUCGAAAAAGUUUGCCUUCCUUAAAUGCAAAGUUUGCUCAAAAAAUAACAUUAGAAAGGAAACGAGCUAUCGUUGUAAGGGAUGUCCAGAUAAGCCCCCACUGUGUCCAUCAUGUUUUGAGGCUUACCAUGGUCAUAAUUAAUAUU